AUGGCGAAUAUCAGAAAAGAAUGGACAAUGGAAAAACGUACAGAAAUAAUUACCCCGUCAAAACCCCGUUUACUGAGUAAAACUGGAAUUUCGAAGUCCUUCGUCCAGAAUACUGUUGCGCGAUUCCGGUAUACGGGCAGUGUUGUGCCAAAAAAGAGGUGUGAGCGACCAAAGAAGACGACACCAGUGGAGGAUCUUUCUAUAGAAAUCAUAAGCAAACGAAAUAGACGCAUGUCUGCACGGGAAAUUGCAGCAGAAAUAAAUAGUGUAGGAGAAGAUCUCAUCGGGCUAACAACGGUGAAGAUGCGACUUCUGCAGGUGGGACUUCGAAGAUGUGUUGCGGUGCAAAAACCAUUGUUAAAACCACUAAACAAAGCAAAAAGACUGCAAUGGGCACGAGUACACGCAGACUGGACAAUUUCGGACUGA